UCAAGGUCGAACGAAAACGCUUUUCGCUAUAACAAUAUAACAUUGGCAGAAUGGAUUGUUAUCGACGAUGGUAUUAGCGAUGUUGCGAUAGAUGAUGUAUUGGACAGGAUAAAACAAAGGGGCAGAAUAAUUAUAUUUUGUACUGAGAACAAUGUAGACAAGCGAAGGUUUUUAUUACGAGCAGUAGAUAAAGGAAUGGCCGAUGGAUCGUACGUAUUCUUUCUUCCUUACCACCUCCAGCCACCAAAUGUAGAAACUCCAUGGAUAGGUGGAAAUCAAGAUGACGAAAAAGCAAAGCUAAUGUAUUCUCAUGCCUUCCAGGUCACAGUUGCUGAAAUGGGAGGACAAGAUAUUGAAAACUUUCUUGACCAAGUAUCACAAAAUAUGGCGUUUCCUCCUUGGAAUUACAAUUACACUUAUGCGAACGGAAUUAAGGGUUCAGAAUAUUCAGCCUUUCUUCAUGAUGCAGUAUAUCUUUACCUCCUAACACUGAAUGAUACAUUAGAGGAAGGACUUGAUUAUAAAAAUGGCACGUUGAUGUUUGAACGGGCCAAAGGCAAAUCUUUCAGAGGUGUCACAGGAAAUGUACAUCUGGAUAAUCAUGGUGAUCGAGACCCAGAUUAUUGGAUAUGGGGACUGAAAUCGGCCUCAGCUAAAUAUGAAGUUGUCAUGGAAGCAAAAAUGACAAAUCAGAUACAGCAGAAAAUUUUUCAAGUGCAAUCGAUAGAAUGGAAAACAAUUGACCACGGUCCACCACCAGAUGAACCAAUAUGCGGUUUCAAUGGAGAGAAGUGCCAACAGUCCAAAAUAGAUAAGACCGUUUUAAUAGUAUGUUUAUGUAUGGCAUUGAUUAUGGUUCUUCUGGUGGCAGGAUCAUUUUAUUAUUAUAGGCGCUAUAAAUAUGAAAAAGAACUUGUGUUGGAGUUAUGGAAAAUCAAAUACGAAGACGUUCAUAAAACAAAAAAGCCAUUAUCUGGAAGUGGCAGUAUAAGUAUGCUGAGUCUGUGCACAGGAAUGACGGAUGACACUACCAAUUCUCUGAAUAGUGCUGGUCAAAAAGUAAACGAUUAUCAGGUUUUUUCAACGAUUGGCCACUACAAAGGAAUGAUUGUAACUAUAAGAAAAUUAAAAAAGUGCGGGAUUACUAUUGACAGGAACACACAAAUGGAACUGAAAGAAAUGAGAGAAUUUGUUCAUGAAAAUGUUAACAGAUUUAUUGGAAUGUGUGUUGAUGAAAGAGGGCCAAUGGUAUUGACACUGUAUUGCGCUAAAGGAAGCCUCCAGGAUAUCAUUGCCAAUGAGGAUAUUAAGUUAGAUUCCUUGUUUAAAUUAUCACUCAUAACAGACCUGAUAAUUGGAAUGAACUUCAUUCACAAUUCAUUACUCAAAUUUCUUGGGAAUCUAAAGAGUAGUAACUGUGUUAUUGAUAACCGCUGGGUGUUAAAGGUCACAGACUUUGGAUUAGCUAAGAUAAAUUAUUGUUAUAGGAACACUAACCCAUCAGAACACCAGCGUUUCAGCAAUCAGUUUUGGACAGCCCCUGAACAUGUUACAAUGGAAGACAAACAACGUUAUGGUUCACAGAAAGGAGACAUCUACAGUUUCGGAAUUAUUCUAUAUGAAAUUAUUUUCAGGACAGAACCAUACAAUACAGAUCUUAUUUCACCACAAGGUGUGAUUCGGAAAAUUCUUGCAUCAUCAAAUCCCCCUUUUCGACCAGACUUAGAUGGAUAUGAGAAUAAAAACUUCGACAAAAUUCCAGAAAUUCAGACACUUAAACCUCUAAUGGAAAACUGUUGGAAUGAAAACCCGAUUUUUCGACCAACUGCGUCGGCCAUAAAACAGAGAAUUUCACAGGUUCAAGGUGGAAGAAAGACGAAUAUUGUUGAUAAUAUGAUACAAAUCUUGGAGAAAUACGCAAACAACUUAGAAGAAAUAGUUGAAGUAAGAACUGAGGCCUUGAUCGAAGAGAAAAAGAAAACGGAUAGAUUAUUAUAUCAAAUGCUACCGUCGCCUGUAGCUGAACAAUUGAAGAUGGGCAUGAAUGUACAACCAGAAAUAUUCGACUCAGUCACUAUUUGUUUCUCAGACAUAGUUGGAUUUACAAAAUUAUCGUCGGUCAGUACUCCAAUCCAAGUGGUAGACUUAUUAAACGAAUUGUAUACUGGAUUUGAUUCUACAAUUUCGCAUUACGAUGUGUAUAAGGUUGAAACUAUUGGCGAUGCUUACAUGGUUGUUAGUGGGCUACCUAUAAAAAAUGGUCUGAAUCAUGCCAGAGAAAUAACCGAUAUGUCUUUAGACUUACUGCAAUUUGCAGAUAAAUUUGAAGUUAAUUUCAAUCCAGAGUACACAUUAAAGUUAAGGAUUGGGCUACAUUCUGGAUCUUGCGCUGCAGGUGUAGUAGGGAGAACCAUGCCAAGAUAUUGUUUAUUUGGAGACACAGUAAACACUGCAUCAAGAAUGGAAUCACACGGAGAAGAUUCAAGAAUACACAUUAGUCAUCAAACAUACGAAAUAUUAAACCCAACGAAUCGAUAUGACUUGACCUUCCGGGGGGAGCUUCCAAUAAAGGGAAAAGGAUUGCAAAGAACCUAUUGGGUACAAGGAAAAAAGGAUAAAAGAUACGACGGUUGCUUAAAAUCAAGCGACCCUGCUGAAAGAUAGAUUCAUGAAAGCAAUACAAUUGAGAAUGACCCGCACUCUUCUUUAAUUCUAAUUGAGCAUGUCAGGACUAUGUAAUAAAUUAUCCAUUAUCUCAUUACUAUUAUUUAUUGUUUGUUUACUAAUAUAUGACAGUAGGAUGGGCCAAUCUUUUAUUUUCAAAUUAUCAACUGGGUCAGCAUCUCAUAUGCACUCAUUUAAUAUAGAUUUCUCUGGGUCAACUGAUAAAAUACGCAAACAAUAUAUACGGUCGCCCUUAUUAUAGAUAGGUCAAAUGAUUUACUACAUGCACCACCAUGGUUUCACAGUUAACUGUUGACAUAAACUGCUGGUGCACAUUUCAAUCCCGAGGGUGCAUGGAUCAACAACCCAGUUUUCAGCAUGUUUGUGUUGACAAGCAAUAUCUCUGAAACGCUAUUUUGUGUGGAUUCAUUGUUUAAAAUUAGGAUUGUGGAUUUCUAACAUUUUCCAUCCGUGCACCAAGAACGAGUGAUGGGGAAAUUCAAGUCAGAAAAUAUCGUAGAAAUUGGGAGAUAUAUACUCUGUAUGCAGGCGCUGCUGGAAUGUCACUAGAUAUAAAUGGAAAGUUUACAAUCGAGAAGCUGAAAUCAUCACUUUGUCGUAAAGAGUUGUUCUGAAAAAGUAAAAUCACAAAUAUACUGAAUUCCGAGGAAAAUUUAAAACGGAAAGUCCUCAAUCAAAUGGCAAAAUGACAAGCUCAAAAUCACGAAACGAAUGCAUACCAACUGACAUAUUCCUGACUUGGUGCAGUUUCAACCGACUCUGAUUGUCAAUUUCUAGAUGUAAGUCAAGAUAUGAGA